GCCAGAUUUACCCGAAACCAUACGUUCACCGAUCACCUCUACAAAGCCUCGGAAUACAUCUCUCCUCCGAACUUGGGCGUUUGUAGGAAGUGGAUAUCAGAGGUUUGAAAACUUUCUUACUACGUUAUUCGUUAUUGAAAUUGAUAAACCUUUAGGCCAAAAUCGUUCUGUGAGCUCUCCUGGCCGAAGGCGGAUGAAUAUUCGAUCCUACUUCGUAGUCUCACACACACGAUAUCCUAGUGAAUACCGAUCACAGGAGCGAUCAUGGAUCUGGCACCGACUCCAUCACCAAAUGUGAACGAUGAAUUCCACAAUAGAAUGACCACAUUUCCCUCCGCAUCCCCAAACUUCAUUCAAUUCAUCCCUGGACCCACCGCGCCCACCGCGCCCACCGCGCCCAAUACGUCGCAUCCCGAAACGUCCCAGCAAUACAUCGCCGCGCGCCAGCAUGUGCUUAGCAAUAUGGUCACGGUGCAGAACAGCGACGGGAGCACGCUCACGCAACCUGUGAAACGCAAGCGCGGGCGUCCGAAAGGGUCGGGGAAGAAACAGAAACAGAAACAGAAAGAUGAUGAUGAGGAACGGAAACGAAAGGUGGCAGACGACUCAGACUCGUCGGUCGAGGUCACCCUGACCCAAACGAUGACGAAGUCAGGACGAAGCGUGACCAAGCCGUCGCAAUACGUCCCCGCCAUUCCGUCGCCUGUGUCCCAUCCGAAACGAAGAGUCGGUGGUAGCGGGCGGAAGGCAUUGGAGAUCGUGGUCUGCAAGCUAUGCGGGCGCGCCAAUUCGCCAGCCGAGAAUCCGAUCGUAUAUUGCAGCACUGCGAGCUGUGGAGCCACGUAUCAUCAGUACUGCCAUCACCCGCCGAUUCCGAGAGAGUCCAUCGAUAACGAGAACGCGGACUGGUUCUGCUCGAAGUGUACACGGCCGGCUCGACCUGGCCUUCAGAAGAACGGUUCUGGAAAGCCCACCAAGCUCACCGAGGCAACUACUCGAUUGGUGCCAGGAUCUGGACUCUCGCCCGCAGAGAAACGUUCAUACUUCACCUCAUUGCCGCCCUCGACCCUUGUCGACCUGCUGGUCGACAUCUCUACCAAGCAUGCCGCAAUCCCUCUAUUCCACGCAGACCACCUAUCUAUCAUCCACCCACCUCCGCCUCUCGAACCCGACGACCCGGGCUAUGACACCGACCCACCGGCGCAUUAUCCGAAGCCAGGCUACGGAUUGGCGCGAAAGUUGCCGCCAGAAGAAUUUGACACAGCCUGGUUGGUAGAUGACAAUGUGCUCGGCGUGUUCAGCCACAGCACCGUAAAUACGUGAGGGACGCUGCUGUUCUGAGACGUCGUCGCUCGUGUGGUCCGAUGAACGACGCUGGAAUGGAGGAGACUAAGAGAGAAACAAAUUUAGGCGCGACAUAAUGGCUUGCUAGUGAGGCAUUCGUGCCUGGUCUUUAAGGUUGAAUCACCACGAUUUUAUCAACCGUUCGUGAUUCAAUUCAGAUAGACGCAGAAGCGUGUCAUAGUUUUCGUGGAAAACAUGAGAUACCUCAAGCACCAAAGAGGGUUUAUGCUAUUCUCAUGUAAUCUGGACAAGCUUGUGAUAGUGAAUUUGAG